AUGGCUGGCAGAGUAUCAAAUGUUUUGAAGUCUCGCAAUGACACUACUCAAAAGCCGAAGCAAAAGAGAAAGGCACACAAUGGGUUGAAUGCGCUUGCCAUUGCUGAAGAUCAGUUUCCGACCAAAGCAAAAGUCCGGGCUCAUCGUUUGGGCGAAGUCGAGGAUUUCCCUAAGCGUAAAAGAGACAACGAAGACGACAUCGCGGAUACAAAACGUCGCCGAACAGACGACGACGAGGCGUCCAGUGGUGAUUAUGGGAGCGAUAGUGAUGGCCAUGAGUGGAAAGUAGGCCAGGUCGAUAGCGAUGAUGACAGCGAUAUCGAUAGUGAUGAGGCACUGGGGAGCAGUGACGAAGAACGCUUUGAAGAUUUCACAUUCCGCGGAAGCUCCACCAAACCCAAGACCAAGUCUAAACGAAAGCCUAACACUGUCAGACGAGGCGACAUCGAUCUUUCGGAAGGAUCCGAAUCCGAUGCGAAGUCCGGUGAUGAUGAUGAAGAUUUCGACGACGACUUGGGUGAAGAUGCAGUAGAUUUGGCUACAGCCUGGGAUAUGAACGCACAAGAGGAUGAAAGUGAUAAUGAGGUCUCAACUAAGAAGAAAAAGCCAGCACCCGUUCAUGAACCGUCAGAUAGCGCUGCGUCGGAUAGCGAAUCCGAGGGCGACAGUGACGAUGAGGAAGAAAGUGAUAGCGAUUCUGACACUGAUCUUUCUGUAUCCGACGAUGAAAGAGACGGGAAAGGUGACGGUCUUUCCAAGCUUCAAGAUUUUGUCAGCUCUCUAGGAACUGGCAAUGACAAAGUCAAGUCUCAAAAACAGACUCAUGGCCAGGAGAAUGGAGUGCCAACAGAGUAUGGCUUAACAUCUGCUAAGAAGCUUACUGUCUCGGAUCUCUUGUCCUCGGUGACUGAUUCUCGAUUGAAAGGCUCUUUGAAGCAUUUAAGCUCAGCUCCGGCGGCCAAGGGUGCUAGUUCCGGAUCUCAUGGAAAGUUGACUGCGCCUUUGUCUAAAAGACAACAAGACAAAAUAGAUCGAGCCGCCGCUUAUGAAAAGAGCAAAGAAACAUUGAACAGAUGGAUUGAUACAGUCAAAGCAAAUCGCGAAGCCGAGCAUAUCUCGUUCCCCCUUCCGGAUCCCUAUGAGCAACAAGUUGCAAGACUUGGUCCGGUUGAACCCAAGACAGAUCUCGAAAGCACAAUACAAUCCAUUCUCGUGGAAAGUGGCCUGGCGACUGGCGAAAAGUCCGCCGAGAAACAGUUUCAGGCCGCCGAGGAAUUGGAAACGAGGAAGAUGUCACUGGAAGAAGUUCGUGCUAGGACUGCGGAGCUCCGGAAACGCCGCGAUCUUCUCUUCCGGGAAGAAAUACGUGCGAAAAGGCUCAAGAAGAUCAAGAGUAAAUCGUAUCGUCGCGUGCAUCGAAAGGAGCGCGAGAAGAUGGAAGAAGUGGAACGACAAGCUUUAAUAGAGGCAGGCAUCGAUCCCGAUGAACAAGAAAGAGAAUUGUUUGAUCGUCGACGAGCAGAGGCCCGAAUGGGUACGAAACACAAAGAUAGCAAAUGGGCUAAGAGCUUGAAAGAAACCGGGCGUGCUGCAUGGGAUGAUGAUGCCCGUUCCAGUAUGAACGAUAUGGCCAGGAGAGAUGAAGAGUUGCAACGGCGAAUUGAGGGACGCAAUGUCAAGACAGGCGACGAAGAUUACCUUGGAUCAUCAAGCUCAGAAUCGGAAGAUGAGGCCGACGCAUGGGAUGAAGAAGCAGAUUCUGAGGCGGAGGCACGGCGCAUAAACCGAGACUUGGAUGCUCUUGAUGAUCAGGUUGACUCGGAGCUGGCGGGACCACAUUCAAAACUACUGUCUAUGAGCUUCAUGCAAAAGGCCGAAGCUAGCAGAAAACAACAAAACGAAGAAGAAAUAAAGAAACUACGGCGUGAAGCUAAUGGCGACGAAGAAGAUCUAUCUGAGGAAGAAGAGGGUGGUCGAAGGAAGUUCGGUGCUUCUAAGCCUACCGUAAUGCAAGAUCCCGCUCGAUCUCGCAGUAAGAAUGAAUUCGAGGAGACCAUUGCUUCUGAAGAUGAGGAUCUUGAAAAUGAGGCUACAGAAGGAGGUACUACUACCGGCUUCGCCAAAAGCAAAGCCAAGCCGAAGGUCGGAACUGUAUCCAAGCCUACAAAGGCCAAGGAGUCGAGACCAAUUAUCGAAGAGGCAGAGAAAGAAGAAGUCGAGAAUCCUUGGCUUGUUCAAAAUACUCGCACAAAUAGAAAACGCAAUACUGACGAUGCCGACCAAGGCAUUAACAUCGCCGUUGACGAUCAAGAGCAGACGGCUGCGGCUAAUGGCAACAAGGCUUCAAGCGGGCAAAAGUCACAGAAACCCAAGACUCAAAAGCCUCGAGUUACUAUCCAGAAAGAAGACUCAGGCAGUGACAGUGAUGGUGACGAUGCUCCAGUGCUUUUGACGAACCAUGAUCUCGUAAAAAGAGCGUUCGCCGGCGACGAUGUUGUGGAAGACUUUGAGCGUGAGAAGGAGGAGGCUAUUGAAGAAGAAGGCGACAAGAUCAUUGACAACACAUUACCGGGCUGGGGCAGCUGGACUGGUGCCGGCAUCAGCAAGAAGCAACAAAAGCGUCAGAAGCGGUUCCUCACCAAAGUUGAAGGGAUCAAGCCUGAGCAGCGUAAAGACGCGAAACUCGGACAUGUGAUCAUCAACGAGAAGAGAGUCAAGAAGAACGUGAAAUACAUGGCUACACAAUUGCCGCAUCCUUUUGAGAACAAGCAGCAGUACGAGAGGUCUCUUCGUCAACCGAUUGGGCCUGAAUGGUCUACAUCGGACACGUUCCACGAGUCCACCAAACCUCGCGUCGUCCGGCAUGGGCGGUGGUGGGGAGCAAGCCCUCCUAUUGGCCCAGACAGCAUACCUAAGCAUGCAUAUGUCUUCAAUCCGGCCGGAAAUGGGAUCUUGUUUACUCUCACACAUUCCUUCUUGAACUCUAUCCCCUCGAUUAAUCUUCAAAGGUACACCGUCCAGGUCACAUCGGGCCAUCCAUAUCUGACGCCAUCGCCAACUGCGUAUUCAAUCCCUAAGAGUACGCCUGUGUCAAAGAGUGCUACAAGCUUUAGAACACUGUAUCCUCCCCAGUCUGCAAGGCUUACCAAUAUCCAGACGCAAGGAAUUUACGAGUCUAGAUUGGAGACAGAAGGGCAUCCAUCGUUACCCCCUUUCCCUUAUCCAUCCAUUAGUUUGGACAGCAUCCAGUCGCUUGGUGACUUCACUUCCUCUCAGUCUUUUAUUAUUCCUUUUGCUGCAGUGAAAACGACAACAGUUGUGGAAACAAUCACCGUGACUGUCAGCGCAAAUCCCGCCAUCCUCUCAUUAAGGACAAGUCUACCUGCAUUACUCAGCAGUCUAGGAAUUCAAGCACCAUCUCAUUCUGCAACGAAAUCUCCCGCUUCUCUCCAAAGAAUGGAUGCGCAAGACGUUUUUGAAACAGUGUCGUUGGAUGCUGUGCCAACGAACAUUGCAACCAAGGAAGAUCACCCUGUUCCCCGAACCGGGAUUGUAAACACUACUUCCCCAAUAGAGACAAAUAAAUUCUACGCGAAUUUUUUCCUGGAGAACCAGACGACUUCGUCUUUCACUCAACCUUACUCAUUGGCAUGGUGCCGAGGUGUUGGGAAUGCGGCGAGUUGGGGCCUGGCUAUCUCGCAUACUGACAUUGAUCAACUGGUCUAUGGCAACCAAAGCCAAGUUCUUCCCGGAAGACCAGUGGAAUACUACCUGAACCCUGUGGGAUUGCAAUCUAUCGCUCUAUCAGCCAGUGAACUUGGGAAUUCUACCGUUCUAAACACGGAUCGAUUAACAGGAUUCUCGGCUGAUGUUAUUCUGCGGCCCUCUAACCAGUCAAGCCAAAGCAUCACUUUCCCUGUUCUUCAGGGUAUGGGUUUCGUUACCGGUAUUUAUCAGGGGUUGCAGCCACUUGUUCAAAGCUCUAUCAUUUUUCGAGACCUAGUGUGCAUUGGCGCUGUUGGCCAAGGAUCGUACAAAUACCGUGUGACGCUGGAAGAUGGUAAAAGUUGGCUGUUUUAUGUCACACCUGACAACGACAACGGGGUGCUGCCGGAUUUCAAUUUCACGUCAAGCACCACCAUCCAAGGACCAGGCAACUUUUCUGGCAUCUUGCAAGUCGCAAAAAAUCCAGCCGGCGAUGUAGGAGAGGGCGUGUACGACCGAAGUGCUGGCGUCUAUGCCAGAUCGGCCAGUAUCUCUGGAGUGGUGAGUAAUUCGACAGCCACGUAUCAAUUGACUUGGGACAAGGUGGGACAUAAUAGCAAUACUUCUCUAUUAAUGUUUGCCUUGCCGCAUCACAUUGAAUCAUUUGACGCGCAGACAAGGGCUGGUCUACAACCAGUUCAACUUCGCUCUACCACCAAAGGCAAUAUGACCGCUGUUGCGGCAGACAGCUGGACGAUGAUUGAAGACGAAUUGCCAAUUGACAUAGACUUUGCGCCAUGGUCACCAAGGUUUGGCAAAAUCGACCAACUCUCUUCGGACGUUCAGCAGACCAUUCGUGCCGCCGCGGACAGCGAGCUGACACCCGACGUAGACGGACAAAGCAAUCUGAACAGCAUGUACUAUAGCGGCAAAGUCUUGAGCAAGUUUGCCACAUUAGUAUACACAGUUCAUACGCUUGCCGAUGAUCCAGAUCGUGCGUCAGCUACACUCGAUGGUCUCAAGAAGGCUUUUGCGCGCUUCGUGAACAAUGAGCAGCAGUUUCCCUUGGCAUAUGACGAGUCAUGGAAAGGCGUGGUAUCCAGUGCGGCAUAUGAGACGAAUGAUUUGAACCAGGAUUUUGGGAAUUCGGGAUACAACGACCAUCACUUCCACUAUGGAUACUUCAUCCACGCUGCAGCCAUCAUUGGCACCCUAGACCCGUCUUGGAUUGACUCAAAUAAGGCGUGGGUGAACAUGUUGGUUCGAGAUGCUGGCAACCCUGCAACUAAUGAUCCAUCGUUCCCAUUUUCACGAGCAUUCGACUGGUUUCAUGGGCAUUCAUGGGCAAAGGGUCUGUUCGCCUCGGCUGACGGCAAAGAUCAGGAGUCGACAUCGGAAGAUGCCAUGUUUGCAUAUGCCAUUAAGAUGUGGGGGAAGACCAUUGGGGAUAAGAGUAUGGAAGCCAGAGGGAACCUGAUGCUGGCUUUGCUUCGACGGUCUUUCAAAAACUAUUUCCUCAUGGAAGAUGGCAAUUCAAACCACCCGAGCAACUUUUGCGAUAACAAAGUGACUGGAAUCUUGUUCGAGAACAAGGCCCAUCAUACUACUUACUUUGGCACCAACCUCGAGUUCAUCCAAGGAAUUCAUAUGCUCCCACUCCUGCCUUCCUCUGCAUACACACGCAAUGAAACCUUUGUGAAACAAGAGUGGGAUGCCAUGUUUGCUACCAAUUCGUGCACUCCAGCUUCGACAGUCACAUCUGGCGGCUGGAAAGGAGUGCUAUACGCCAACUACGCAAUCAUAGAUCCGAGGGAAUCGUACGAUUUCUUCAAUACUUCAGGUUUUAACAUGACCUGGAUCGAUGGUGGAGCUACACGUACAUGGUAUCUCGCAUACGCUGCAGCAAGGUUGAACGACCAUGAAAUGCUAGAGAUGCCUUCGCUUUCGAUCCGCCGGAAGCAGAGUACAAGGUUGAACGACCAUGAAAUGCUAGAGAUGCCUUCGCUUUCGAUCCGCCGGAAGCAGAGUACUACUCUUAAGAAAACGACCCUACAAAUCCCCGUCUGCGACACAGCAGCACAGGCAAUGCCCUCAUUUUCUGGACCGUGCCUCAGGUGUUACGACAAGAAGAGGAAGAGGAGUAGGAUGUCGCAUGUCGUGGAAGAAACCAGCUAUCCAAAUGUUCUUUUCUUCACGCAGGCGUCCAGACUGGCCGAGUCGAGAAAACGGGGUGGUCACGGUAUUACCAGGAUUACAGGCAUGUGCAGGCGCUCUGGCUGCGUGCCGGCGUAUGCGGGUGUAAAAUACACGAGAUACGAUGCAGACCCGCCGCCUGUGCAUGGACGGGCCAAUGGGAACGCGGCGCCAGUGAGGCUGUGCAAGCUCGCUGCGUCAUUCUGGGGCUUUUCUCUUCUUGCUUCUCUCAUUGCUCACUCCUCGGUGCUUCAGUCUCUCGUUGCUCAAUGGCGCUGUCUCGCUGACCCUGGCGAACCAACCCCGUUGCAUCCUACAGCUCCGAAUACUUCUUCAUCUUCGUCCACGAGGAACAUCUUCCGGGCGUUCCACAGGGUCGGCUCUACUCAAUCCAGCAUGACUAGAAAUGGCUCAAUCGACGUCCAUGAGCGUUCAUCGCUGCUGCUGCACCCUCGUACAGUCCAUGAGGAGCGCUUGCCUCCAGCUUCGCCUUACCUAGAUGACCCGCGUUUCUGGGUUCGCUGGCCAGCCCACGUGGCGUACCUCACCUGGGCAACGCUGGCGAGCAACUAUGUCAACCUCCUCUUGGUCUUCGUGCCGCUGGGCAUUGUCUCCGGCGUGUUGCAAUGGAGUCCAGCGACUGUCUUCACCCUAAACUUUCUUGCCAUUAUACCCCUCGCUUCGCUCUUGAGUUUCGCAACCGAGGAGCUGGCCGCCGUCAUGGGUCAGACCCUAGGCGGCCUGAUGAAUGCGACGUUUGGAAACGCGGUAGAAUUGAUUGUAAGCAUUGUCGCGUUAAAGGACAACCAAAUCCGUGUCGUUCAAGCGAGUAUGCUUGGGAGUAUUCUGUCAAAUAUACUGCUAGUGCUUGGCUGCUGUUUCUUAAUCGGGGGUAUUCGUUUCCCUGAGCAGGAGUUCAACACCACCGUUGCCUCAACUAUGUCGUCCUUGAUGGCGGUUGCUUCGGCCUCUCUUAUCAUUCCAGCUUCUCUGUUUGCGGCUAUGUCAGACUCCUACAACACCGCCCCCGAAAACACAAGGAACAGCAUUCUCCUCUUAUCCCGCGGCACGGCCAUCAUUCUUUUGGUUCUCUAUGUUUUGUAUUUGGUUUUUCAGCUGAAAACCCACUCUCGCUUUUUUGAGGAUCAACAGAGCGCCGUAGUUGAGGCUGAAGCUGGUGCUGCUGAAGCCGAACCGGAAGCCGAGGAUCACAUUCUUAACCCGUUUGCUGCCGGUGUAGCUCUGAUUGUUAUUACUAUCAUGGUUGCAAUCUGCGCAGAGUAUCUCGUUGGCAGCAUUGAAGGUAUGGUAGAAAAGACCGGCAUGAGCAAAACCUUUAUUGGUCUGGUUUUGAUUCCCAUUGUGGGCAAUGCCGCUGAGCAUGUCACUGCUGUCGUGGUGGCAUAUAAGAACAAGAUGGAUUUGGCUAUUGGUGUCGCUAUUGGAAGCAGUCUGCAAAUCGCGCUCUUCGUCACUCCAUUCCUUGUUAUUCUCGGCUGGAUUAUGGGCGUGGAUAUGACAUUGCACUUCCACAUCUUCGAAACAGUCUCCUUUUUUAUUUCUGCUCUGGUUGUUAUCUUCCUCAUUCAAGAUGGAAAGUCUAACUACCUGGAGGGCGGUUUGUGUCUGGGAAUGUACAUCAUUCUUGCGAUUGCCUUCUACGUCUAUCCAGAUGACACGGUAAAUUGA